AAAAUACUAUUGCUUCUCAUCAUUUCAACUUUUAAAGUAAGCACAGAGUCGCUAAACGAAAGGCUCUUUCUUCUUCGGACAAAGCUAUAAAAAAUCGAUAGGAAGAGCCAAUAACAAAGUCAAUUUAUCAUCUCUCCAAUCAUUUUCUGACCUAAUUUUCCUCUCAAAUUCCGCCGGAGAUAUUCUUUCGUCUCACACUUGUGUAUCGGUGAUUUGAGGUAAUGAGAUUCGGUUUUUUUUUUUUUGACGUUUAGUGAGUUAAGAGGAGAGGAGGAUGGGAUUUGGUUACUGUUUAUGGCAGCCGAAUGCUUCGCAUUGUGGUGAAGCUUUGAACUACUGUAGGAAAAGCAGCUGUGAUGUAGGAUUGAAGCAUAAAUUGCUCGGAAAUGCUAGGGUUUUAUGUAGGAAUCGGCCUGGGAGAAGGUUGAAACGGAUUGUGGGAUGUAGUAAUAAUAGUUUAGCAUAUUCGAGGAUACGAUUGAGUUGUGCUUUGUGGAAAUCUGAUUCGAGUGGGAAUUUGGCGGGUGCGAAGGCUUCUAGGGGAGUAAAGUUGCCUCGGUGUCAGGAAAAUGAUUCACUUGCUUUUAUUGAUGGUAAUGGUAGAAAUGUGGAGUCCAGUGAGAGUGCUGUAGAUGGAUCUUUGAGUACUAGUACUAAUGGCAUCGCCGAAAUUAGUAGCGCUAAUGAGUUGGAUGAAGACAAAGGAGAAGAAAAGGAAGGGGAUAAUUUGGAUGAACUAAGGGAGUUGUUGCAGAAGGCACUCAAGGAUCUGGAAGUUGCACAGCUGAACAGCACAAUGUUUGAGGAAAAAGCGCAGAAGAUAUCAGAAGCUGCUAUAGCAUUAAAGGAUGAAGCUGCUAAUGCAUGGGAUGAUGUGGACAAACAACUCGACAGUAUUCAAGAGAUUGUAAUUGAAGAGAUGAUUGCUAAAGAAGCAGUUCAAAAAGCAACAAUGGCCCUUUCUUUGGCCGAGGCAAGGCUUCUAGUUGCUCUUGAUUCAAUACAAACUGCAAAACAAGGACGUAUGUCUUCAGAAACUUCUGAAGAAAGUAAAGUGGAAGAAUCAACUUCAUUGAUGGAGGAAGAGACAACACUUUCAGCUGCUCAGGAAGAUAUGGAGUGUCGGGACCGGUUGGAAACUUGUGAGGCUCUAUUGAGGCGGCUGCAGAACAAAAAAGAAGAACUGCAAAAAGAGGUUGACAGGUUGAACGAUCUAGCUGAGAAAGCACAAAUCAAUGCUUUAAAAGCUGAGGAAGAUGUUUCAAACAUAAUGCUUUUAGCUGAACAAGCUGUUGCUUAUGAGCUCGAGGCUACUCAACGGGUGAAUGAUGCGGAGAUUGCUUUGCAGAAAGCCGAGAAGAACCUAGCUGUAUCACCUCUUGACACUGCAGAAACUUCAGUCGUACAGAAUGGAUCAUCUAGUCUAGGCCAAGUGUCUGUUGAUGGGACCCUUAGUGAGGAUGAGGUAUUGCCUAGAAAUUCAGUUGAGAGUGUUAUUGAUAAAGAUAGGGAGGUAAAACUGGAGGAUGCUUGGGUGGCCAGUGGGCCUGUGUCUGAUGAGAGUGACAAUGAAGAUAGAAAGUUAGUUCUAGACUCCUCAAAAGAUUCUGAUUCUGAUGCAGAAAAACCAAAAAGUGUUCAAACUGUGAGGCAGGAGGUCAACAAGGAAUCAGCUAAGGACAGUUCACCGCUUAGUGCUCCCAAAGCAUUAUUGAAGAAAUCAUCCCGUUUCUUGCCUGCAUCUUUCUUCUCCUUUCCCUCAGAUGGUGAAGAGUUCACACCUGCUUCAGUUUUCCAGAGUCUCAUGGAGUCUGCAAGGAAUCAAUUGCCCAAGCUGGUGGUUGGCUCAUUACUGAUGGGAGCAGGAAUUGCCUUUUACGCCAAUCGAUCAGAGCGAAUUUCUCAGUCGUUUCAGCAGCCAGACAUAAUUACCACAAGCAUUGAUGAGGUCUCGACAAAUGCAAGACCUCUGGUUCGACAAAUAAGAAAAUUACCCAAGAAACUUAAGACACUAAUGGAGAUGCUUCCUCAUCAAGAGAUAAAUGAGGAAGAAGCUUCUCUUUUUGACAUGUUAUGGCUAUUGCUUGCAAGUGUUAUCUUUGUGCCAAUCUUCCAGAAAAUUCCAGGAGGAAGUCCUGUUCUUGGGUAUUUGGCUGCUGGAAUCUUGAUUGGACCUUAUGGUCUUUCUAUCAUACGUCAUGUACAUGGGACCAAGGCUAUAGCUGAAUUUGGAGUUGUCUUCCUGCUAUUUAACAUUGGCUUAGAGCUUUCCGUUGAGAGACUAAGUUCUAUGAAGAAAUACGUUUUUGGAUUGGGCUCUGCUCAGGUCUUAGUGACAGCUGUGGUGGUCGGAUUAGUUGCUAAUUUGGUUGCCGGGCAGGCUGGACCUGCUGCAAUCGUGAUUGGGAAUGGGCUUGCCUUAUCUUCCACUGCUGUUGUCCUCCAGGUAUUGCAGGAGCGUGGUGAGAGCACAUCACGACAUGGCCGAGCUACAUUUUCUGUAUUACUCUUUCAGGAUCUGGCGGUGGUUGUUCUACUCAUACUGAUACCACUAAUUUCACCAAAUUCAUCAAAAGGAGGGGUUGGUUUCCGAGCAAUAGCUGAGGCCCUUGGUUUGGCUGCUGUAAAGGCAAUUGUAGCCAUCACUGCCAUUAUUGCUGGAGGACGUCUGCUGUUGCGGCCUAUUUAUAAGCAGAUUGCAGAGAAUCAAAAUGCAGAAAUAUUUUCGGCAAAUACGCUCCUUGUUAUCCUUGGGACUAGUCUUCUGACUGCCAGGGCUGGCCUUUCAAUGGCUUUGGGUGCAUUUUUAGCUGGUCUGCUUCUGGCAGAAACUGAAUUUUCAUUGCAAGUUGAAUCAGAUAUUGCACCAUAUCGUGGACUCCUGUUGGGUCUCUUUUUCAUGACGGUUGGAAUGUCCAUUGAUCCCAAGCUUCUUCUUUCAAACUUUCCUGUGAUUAUGGGCUCAUUGGGACUUCUAUUAGGUGGCAAGACGAUCUUGGUUGCAUUAGUUGGUAAACUGUUUGGUAUUUCAAUUAUAUCGGCAAUAAGAGUUGGCCUCCUACUUGCCCCGGGUGGAGAGUUUGCCUUUGUAGCCUUUGGUGAAGCUGUCAAUCAGGGAAUAAUGUCUUCUGAAUUGUCAUCUCUGCUGUUUCUUGUGGUUGGAAUUUCAAUGGCCCUCACACCAUAUCUAGCUGCUGGAGGUCAAUUAAUAGCAUCUCGUUUUGAGCUGCAAGAUGUGCGAAGUUUAUUGCCUGUGGAAAGUGAGACAGAUGAUUUGCAAGAUCAUAUCAUUAUUUGUGGAUUUGGUCGCGUUGGCCAGAUCAUUGCCCAACUUCUCUCCGAGCGAUUGAUUCCGUUUGUUGCGCUUGAUGUGCGAAGUGAGCGAGUUGCAAUUGGUCGUGCACUUGACCUUCCUGUAUACUUUGGUGAUGCUGGUAGCCGAGAGGUUCUACAUAAAGUUGGGGCUGAAAGAGCAUGUGCUGCUGCAAUAACAUUAGACACUCCUGGUGCAAAUUACAGAACUGUUUGGGCCUUGAACAAGUACUUUCCCAAUGUGAAAACGUUUGUACGUGCUCAUGAUGUAGAUCAUGGUCUUAAUUUAGAGAAGGCUGGAGCAACAGCGGUUGUGCCUGAGACCUUGGAACCAAGCCUGCAGUUGGCCGCUGCUGUCCUUGCACAAGCUAAGCUGCCAAUGUCGGAGAUAGCAGCAACAAUCAACGAGUUUAGGUCCCGCCACCUCUCUGAGCUUACUGAGCUAUGCGAAACGAGUGGGAGUUCUCUAGGCUAUGGAUUUUCUCGUGUGGUGAGUAAAGCCAAAGCUCAGCCCUCAGACUCUUCGGAUGAGAACCAAAUCAGUGAAGGAACACUAGCAAUAUGAUUAGCAUUAGAAGAAACAAGGAUCUGCAUUGCUUGGACCUACAACCAAAAAAGAAUGCAGUAGAAGGGAAGAUAGUCCUUACAAGUGUAUAGUGUUUUACUUAAAACCCCAUUUAAAAAAAAUGUACAGAAGUAUAGCAAGCAACAAGCUAUGCAGGAGAGCAAAUUUCUUUAUGGCAUAACCACUAGGUGAUAGAACUUAAUUGUUUUGGUUCUAAAAGUUUUGGUUCAUCCUGGAAGGACUCUGUUUUUGCAUUUCAGGAUCUAAGGUCAUCCAGGUAGUUUGCAUGGAUGUAGUUUAAAUUUAUGCAAAAGCUACGUGGAAUUUUCUUGCAUAUCAAAAGAUAGGAUGCCAUUUUGGAUAUUUUUUUUUCAAGUAUAUAAUGGGAACCGCUGUAUUUAAAAAGAAAAAAAGUUCGUGAGGGGGACUAGCCUUUAGAUUUCUUUUUAACUAGGAGUAUAAUUUUGUUCUGCUUUGUGUUUUGAAUUGUUUUUAGCUUGUACGAUAUGAUUAGUAAAUUACUGGAUCAAAUCCUUGUGUGCUUUUUACUCA